CUGAGGCCCCGGACCGAGGGAGCAUCUCUCCGUUCCUGAGAAGAGGGCCGGGGACACGUGGCCGCGCCAUGGCCAAGAAGCCCUUCACCAAGGAGCACCUGCUCCGGAGGCGCAGCGUCAGCCAGAUCUGCCCCCCGCCUCGCCGGCCCAUGACCCUGGCGGAGCUGCACCCGGGCUGCGAGAACGAGCGGCUGGGGGUGGCCCGGGAAAGCAUGCUCCAGAACCAUCUCAUUGCGAAGCCGGAGCUCGGAAAACCUCGUAGAAACUGCUACACUCUUCCAGGCCAUGACUUCAACUAUGGCUUGUACAUCCACGGCCUCGAUGGAGGGGUGCCUGAAGCCAUCGGCCGCUGGAAUGUGAUCAAGCCCAAGGUCAUCCUGGCGAAGGAGCAGCCGCGCGACUACAAGACCAUGAACUGCAAAGCCCUUAGGGAUGGCUUUGUCACCGCCCACGAGAACAACCUGUACCGCCAGAUCAAGGACAUCCGUCUCAGCGAGGACGACGAACGGCGCUUUAAGAGGGUGGCCCCGAAAGUGCCUGCAGACAUGACCUACGGGAGACCGGCCCGGCCUUCCACGCCUUUCUUUGAGCUGCUGCAACACAAGUACCAGGAAAUAUGGCUGGAUCAGCAGAGAGGGAUCAUUAAAGCCGAGAAUGAAGAAAGAAAAGAAAAGAAACGCCGGGGAAAGGUCUACGACACACGGACAACGUUGCUGAGGAAGUUCCAGCCUCCGAUGAAGGCAGAGCAACUCUGGCAUAUGCCCCAUUUUCAGAAGGUGGGCCCACAUCUCUCCACCUUCCCAGACCAGGAAUCCCACAGGAGGGCAACUGAGGCCUUCCGCUCGGAAAUCCCCGUAAGGACCGGGUCCCUGGCGCAGGGCAUUUAUACCACGGCCCGCUGAGCAGCAACGGGAGCCGGUGUGGGGAGAGAAAGCACAGUCGUUGGUGCAGGAAACGCAGGAUUGGACUUUCCUGUUCUAAGCUUGGAGAGCUUCCCCUUGUCUUCGUGUGCUUGAUUAAACUCAUGA